GUGGGUGUUUCGUUUUCCCUUUCUUCUCGUCCUCUUGCUGACCGGGCGUUGCUAAAUUCGUUCUGGCGAUCGUCUCCGUCUCUUUUCCUUUCUCUCCGCCUCCGCCUCCCCCUUCCUUUUCGUUUGUCUCUGUCUCAAUCUCUCCGUCGUCACGGGAAUUAGGUGGAUAUCUAAGCAGUCUAAAUCUGCACGAUGGACAAAGGAAUUGAUCCUAGCUUUUUUGUGAAUGAUGGCUCGUUCAUGGAGAAAUUCAAACAACUUCAGCAAGAGAAGCAGGAGAAAGAGGCUGCUAAAGACAAUAGAAAAUCGUCUUCUUUGAAGAUUGAUGGGUCUGCUUGUAAGAGACCAUUUGAAAACAAAAUUAAUGAGACUCGAAAGCCUAUCCUGUCUUCUUCCAGUGGGAAGCUCGCAUUCAGUUUGAAGCAGAAGUCAAAGCUUGCUGUGCCACCUGUCAAGUUAGGUGCAGAUGAAGAUGAAGAAGAGGAGGAUGAGACAGGAAAGGGAUCAUCUAAUGGAGCAUCAAAGAGACAGAAGUCUGGCCAGUCAGAUGCCUCAGAACAGGGAUCAAGUCGGAGGGAUGCCCUUCCAUACUCACCAAGCGAUCCUGCAGUAAAGAAUGUAGCUGACAAGCUAGCAAGUUUUGUGGCAAAAAAUGGUAGACAAUUUGAGGAUGUCACCCGUCAAAGAAAUCCUGGAGACACACCCUUUAAGUUUCUUUUUGAUGUAAAUUGUCCAGAUUAUAAAUACUAUGAAUUUCGGCUAGCAGAAGAGGAAAGGGCUCUUUCACAGGCAAAAGAUUCUCAAUCAACAACUUCUGCAAGCAGUUCCACAUCUUCUCGAAUGUCAAGCAGUUCUCAGAAGAGAUCUUCUCAGCAACACUCUAAUUACCAAAUACCUACCUCUGCUCUUUAUGAUGCUGAUGAUGAUCCAAGGUCAUCAAUUCAGGGAAAAGCUAGCUCAUAUGGUGAACCUUCUGCACCUGCUUCUGAUGAUCCCAUAGCAAUGAUGGAGUUCUACAUGAAGAAGGCUGCCCAGGAGGAGCGCAAGCGGCAGCCGAGGCAAACCAAAGAUGAAAUGCCUCCACCUGCUUCUCUACAAGGAGCUCCUGCCAAAAAAGGGCAUCACAUGGGCGAUUUCAUACCACAAGAUGAGUUGGAUAAAUUUUUGGCCAGCUGCAAUGAUGCUGCAGCCCAGAAGGCUGCAAAGGAGUCUGCGGAGAAGGCUAAAAUACAAGCUGACAAUGUUGGUCAUAAGCUUUUAUCAAAGAUGGGAUGGAAGGAAGGAGAGGGACUUGGUAGUUCACGUUCUGGGCGUGCUGAUCCAGUCAUGGCCGGGAGUGUCAAGUUGAAUAAUUUGGGUGUUGGAGCAGAAGUCCCUGGCGAGGUUACCCCCGAAGACGACAUCUAUGAGCAGUAUAAGAAGCGGAUGAUGCUUGGAUAUCGUUACAGGCCAAACCCUCUGAACAAUCCAAGGAAAGCUUAUUACUAGGAGUGGGCUCCGUCGAUUCUAUGUAAGGGCAAGUUCUUACGCAGUGGAUUUAAUCCUUGUAUAUCUGGAGGUACUUGAUGUUAGAGAAUCUAUAUUGUAAGACGAACUUGUCAAUUUAAUCCUACCUUGCCCAUUUUAGACUA